ACCCUCUGUGUUCCCCUACUGCAGGGUUUAGGAGUCGUUGCUGUGGACGGAGAGACGGGGACGUGAGCGACCAUUGAGGGUGGCCUGGGUGCUGGUGAGCCUCCCCCCCCCCCCACCCAUCUGCUCGGUGUGCGGGCUGAGCUUCGAUGGAGGACCACAUGACGGGGCACAACAAGAAGAAGCAUUAUGAUUGUGACGUGUGUGGCAAGGCCUGGCAGAGCCCGAGCCAUCUGGAGACCCACCAGCGGGUGCACACGGGAGAACGCCCUUUCAACUGCUCGGAGUGCAGCAAGAACUUCACCAGCUCCAGCCACCUGCUGCAGCACAAUCGCGUGCACUCCGGUGAGAGGCCCUUCACCUGCUCCGACUGCGGCAAGAGCUUCAAGACGGCGAAUCGCCUGAAGAUGCACCAGCGGGUGCACACGGGCGAGAAACCCUAUGGCUGCUCCACCUGCAGAAAGAGCUUUGCCCGGUUGUCGGGGUUGCGGGAGCACCGGCGGAUGCACAGCAGUGAGCGGCCCUUCACCUGCUUCGACUGCGGCAAAGGCUUCAAGUUGUCCAAUCACCUGAAGAGGCACAGGCGUCUGCACGCCAGCAAGCGCCCCUACGCAUGCAACGACUGCGGCAAAGGCUUCACCCAGUCCAGUCACCUGCUGUCCCACCAGCGCACCCACACUGGCGAGCGCCCGUACACCUGUGCCCAGUGUGACAAGGGCUUCAC